GGGGCUGGGCUUGGCACAGAAGGGCCGGCGAGCCGCGCAAGGAGCCUCCGGAGCGGCACUCGGCGCAGCCAGGACGACGCCUCGGCCAAGUUCGCCCUCUCGCCCCGCCGCAGCGCCUCCGCCUCGCCCCGCGCGCCACCAUGCCGGUGAAGGGCGGCACCAAGUGCAUCAAGUACCUGCUCUUCGGCUUCAACUUCGUCUUCUGGCUUGCAGGAACAGCUGUACUUGGAAUUGGCCUAUGGCUUCGGUUUGAUUCACAGACGAAAGAUAUUUUUCGGGAUGAAGGCAGUACAACUUUCUAUACAGGAGUUUACAUUCUGAUUGGAGCUGGUGCACUCAUAAUGCUUGUGGGUUUCCUGGGAUGUUGUGGAGCGAUACAGGAGUCCCAGUGCAUGCUUGGCUUGUUCUUCCUCUUCCUCCUUGUGAUUUUUGCUCUUGAAGUAGCUGCUGCCAUCUGGGGAUUUUCAAACAAAGAGAAGAUUAUUAAUGAAAUCAAGAAGUUUUAUGACAAGGUGUAUGAAAAAAGAAAUGAACAAGGUCCUAGAGAAACCCUGAUCGCCAUUCAGCAUGCUCUUUACUGCUGUGGCUAUGGGGGAGUCAUAGAAUCAUGGCUUCGGGAAACCUGUCCCAAAUCAGAAAAUGUACUGGACUUAUCGCUAAAGCCAUGCCCGACAGCCAUUGAGGAGGUCUUCACUUCAAAGGUGAAUGUGAUUGGCGGCAUCGGCAUCGGCAUCGGGGUGGUGAUGAUCUUCGGAAUGAUUUUCAGCAUGAUUCUCUGUUGUGCUGUCCGCAGAAAUCGAGAAAUGGUCUAAAGCUACUUCAGGGGACCCCCUCCCUUCAAGAAAUCUUUAUUGCUAACUAGCAUUAUUAAAGCAUUUCUAAAAUUAUAUUUGUUACUUUUUAAAAAAAAAUGCUUGAUACUGAUGUUCUUAGUUUUUUGCUUUUUAUGUUUAUAAAACUUUAAAAGGAUUUGACUGUUAAAAAGGUACUAUAUUUGUUAGUCUGCAGACCAAAACAUCUUGUAUAUAAAGUUUUUUGUCUCUAAAUAGUUGCCAUUUUUCUUUAAACUUACAAAUGGGAUGUAAUUUAUGUUGGAGAAAAUUUGAUACUUAAUAAAAACUUAAGACCACCAACUGUU